UGCGUGCAGGCGCUGGCGCCUGUGUGCGUAAAAAUUCUACGCGCUGCUGCUGGCUGCAAGCUGCUUUAAGCCAGUUGUUGUAGCUGUUUCAUAUUGUUGUUGGCGCUACUGCUUUGACACGCCAACAGUGAAAGGCGACACAAAGGACUGCGGUGUGCCAGUGCGGCCGACAGCGGCAGCGGCUGUAACGGCAGCAGAAGGACGCACGGAAAACGGUGAAAGUGGAAACGUGUGCGUCGCGUGUGGUGAUAUAACAAGGAGACUUAUGCACAAACCUAAAGUAUUCAAAGUUAUACUUUUGGCAGAAUUUUUCACAAGAAUCGCCAAUCCGCGAUACUCAAUAAGUGCUAAGUUGGUCAUACUUCUGCACUGAGAAAUACAUUUUGGACACAACAAAAUCUUUUGUACUUGCAACGUGAUUGGUUGGUGGACAAUAAUUAAAUGAGGCAACAUGGGAAAUGGCAUGAACAAGGGGAAAUAUAAAUAAAUCUCAGCUGUUCCACUGCAAGCCAAUUGCAGUUGUCAAGGCAACUAGCAACAACAAACAUUAAAUAGCGAGUUCAGAAUGCUUAGCAAACAACUUAGAAGGUCUUCAAAAAUAAACAUCUUUAUUUAAAAUGUUAAUUUCGGUUACUUGACGCAGCUUUAAGGCAACAUGGAUUGGCAUAUGAAUUUGGUGUUGCCCGGGCUCUAUGUUGGCAAUUAUCGCGACUCGAAGGAUCAGCAGCAGCUGGACAAGCAUCAGAUUACACACAUUAUAGCCAUACACGAUAGCCCAAGGCGCUUGCUGCCGGACAAACACUAUCUGUGCGUGAUGGCUGCCGAUACACCGGAUCAGAAUCUCUCACAGUAUUUUUCCGUUUGUAAUGAUUUCAUUCAUGCUGCGCGUCUCCGAGAAGGCAAUGUGCUGAUACAUUGCCUGGCCGGCAUGUCACGCUCCGUUACUGUGGCGGUGGCGUACAUAAUGACCGCCACCAAUUUGAGCUGGAAGGAAGCAUUGAAGGUAGUGCGCGCUGGACGCGCUGUGGCCAAUCCGAAUAUCGGUUUCCAGACUCAGCUGCAAGAAUUCGAAAUGUAUCGCUUAAUGGAGGAGCGCAGACGUUUGCGUGAACGUUUUCCUUCAACAGCGCUGGAACAUUUGGAUCGCUCAAAGUGCUCAGCAGCGUUGGAUAACUAUCAGGAACUCCUGCAGAAUCGUGACAUUUGUGAGGGAAAUUGUACACGUGGUGAAAAGUGUCCGACAGGUGUCUGCAACAUGGAUCCCUCGAAGGGUCUAUUCCGUCGUCGUCCCUCUUCGGCGUCGACGCGUUCACGUCUUCGCGGUCAGCCAUCCACUUCUAGUGCUUCAGCAUCGCCUUCGAUAUCCGCUGCUGGCCUUGCCAAUGUAAUCGCCACAAAUGUGGCUCAAUCGUGUCCGACUUCGCCAAGUCAUUCACCGGCCACACGUCGUUCGCUGGGCACACAGAAAAUACCCGAAGAUGAGGAGGCACAAAACCCACCCAUACAAACGACAACUACCACAACAACAGCGCAAAUAAACAACGAAACCACGACGGCCACCAACAACAGUAACACGACCACCACGUCUAACACGAAUACUACUACCAACACCACCACCGCAGCAUUGUCGCCGCUGAUAGCGACAGCGAGUAGUUCAAAAGAGGCGGCCGAAUACGCGGCCGCCAUCAACGAUGCGAAACGUGAAAGAGAAGCUCUGCACAAGUCACCGCCCGCUGCACGCAUGCGCAAUCCACGUGUGCACAGCGCUGGUAGUCGUUUGAUAAGCGGUUCAGCCAAGGCGCGCGCCGCCGCAUCUGCUACAGUGGCAGCCCAGCAGCAGCAGGAUGAAGUGGUGAAGUGCACCACAACUAGAAAUGGUGGCGUUGCCGUGAGUGGCAACAAUGGGCAAGCGCAACUACAGCGCAGCGCCAGCACGGUAAGCGGUCUAACGGUGCGUCCGUACAGCAGUCCGGCAGGUUUGCAUGCGUACACGGGCAAAGUGCCCGGCUCUGUGCCAUCGUCCGUCCAUGGCUCGCGCGUAGACCUUCGCGAUCCAGAUAAGGGUUCGGCAAUUUAUUUGGGCUGUUCGGCACCACGCAAUUCGACAUUGUCGCUGUCUUCACGCACCUCUUCAGGCAGUUCGGCGCCACCGUCGCCGGUGCGCACGCCGCCAGUGAGCCCGCGGCACGGCAUAAGAAGGGCUGCUACUGUGGUGAAAAAGCAACAGCAAAGGUGAAACAACUGCAAAGCCUGAUAAUGGCCCGUCGCAACGAUCAUUGCUGGAGCAAUCCAAAUACACUACUUUUCGUCGGAAAAAGUGAAACGAUCAGAACCGAAUUCUCACGAGCUAUUUUCGCUCAUUUUUGGCGUACUAAUUGCGGACUAGCAACUGCAAAGCAAGCUAACUGUCUUUGUAUAGGUUCCUUCAAUUCGGUAGACUGUUUAGGAUCAUUGUUUUUAAAUUGUCAAAUGUUCAAAACAUUGGAACACUGUUAAUUGACAAUUGCUAGGGUAACCAGAAGCAUUUUCCCGCGCUUAGCUUACACUUGGCAUAGAAUCUUCAAAAACUCAAAGCAAUUACUUACGUAGUACUAUGGACAUAGGAACUUAGCAAAUAUAGUUUUUUUUACAAUACGAAACUACUAAUUAAUUUACUGUUAUAUGUAUAGUAUAUAGCAUAAGACAAACGCUUGCGAAACUGUGAAAUUAAGAAAACAAAAAAUGAAGAAAAAUGCAAUUAUUUAUGAAAAACAACUUUCAGAACCGAUUGAACACGAAAUUUAAAUAUUUUAUGUGAUAAAUUAAAGUAAAGUUAAAAGAAAAAAACAUA